CAAUCGAUUGUGAACUGGUGAAUUAGAAGAAGCAGUGAACAAACAUUUCAUCCCACUCAUAAAUUUAGAGUUUUUCAUUGUAAAAUUCCGUCUCAAAAUUAAAACGGAUUGUGUUUUUUGAGUAAAUGUCAAAAAUAGCAAAACUUAACAAACGAAAAAUUAAAAAAACAGAAUAAUUUGCCAUAAGCGGAAACACAGCAAAUAAUAUUUGCCAACCGGCAGAACUUUGUCACAUAUUCCGUUUUUUUUCUUCUCUUCAAUAUCUUGUGCGCAGUACCCAGCAACACAACGUAUGUGAAGUUGUGUAUCAGUAAACAGAAGGCAAUCGCAAGAAGAAGCGCAGCAGUGGAAUUAGAAGGCAGAACUUUGCAUUUAUUAAAUAAUUUGUAAAAAAAUUGGAGAUUGUCAUUGAAAACUUUAUUCAUAUUGCAAUUGGAAAGCUAUUUAAAACGAAUCCAGCUAAGAGUACGUGGUGCUUGAAGAACGACUUAAGUGUCUUGCAUCCGAAGAACCUUCAAAGGAUAAUCGGCGGAGUUUUGUGAAAAACCUGAAGGCGAUCUGCGUGGCCUGCUCCCAGUUCCCUUAUGUGAAGCAGUCAACUUAUUGCUUACUCUUUUACUCAGUAUUUUUGACGUUUAAUAAUAACGUUGAGCAAACAAAUUGAGGCUGGCUGCAAAGCGAUAUAUAUUCAUACAUAAAAGUAUACAUACAUAUUUAACAUAGUAGAAGUAAACUGCAGAUACGCUCACAUUGCUACUUUAGUAUAUAAAACGGCUAAAGUUAAAAAAAAUAUACAUUCCAAGUACGCAUCCGCGAAGUACAAAACAAGAAAAGCUAAGGAGCAAAACAUAUUCACAAUACAGUAUAAAAGCCGUAAUUUCCAAAAUUCUGGUCAGUUAAUAGGCACAAAAACAACCAAGUGUGUAGGCGUUCUAAAUUAUAGGCAUCAAUUCAAACAUCAGCAACGAAAACGUUAACAACCAAGUACAACGAUAAACAUAACUCCGCGUUACUGCCUGCUCAUAACGUCGUUUCAACGCAGUUGGUACCGUAAAGGCACGUUGCUUCAUUUGAGUUUAUUCGGCUGAGCGUUAAACGCAGUAUAGCUUUCACCACGUCUCAGGGAGAAGAUAUGGAUAUUGAUUCUGCUCCUGUGCCACCACCACAGGAGUACUCAGAUAACCCAGCAGGCUAUCAGUCGGAAUCAUCUAUGAAUUUCGAUUAUUUGCACGGUUUAAAUGAGGGCGCAUCCGCCGCAGCUAGGGCGUCCUCAUCAGCGACAUCACUGGGCGGUCAUGGCAGUUCGUCGGAUUCGCCGCGCCAUUUUGGUGCUGUUGGUGGGGGUGGCAUAGAUGCGAGCACGUCCAGUAUGCAGAGCUACGGCUACGUUGAUGACAGUAAAGCAUUGGACAGGCCCUUUAACCUAAACGAAAGAUUUGUUUCAGUGUUGGACCAAUUGGAUGCGCGCGUUGAGAAAUUUCGCAAAGAUGCUAUGGGCCUACAGGAGAAGAAGGAUUUCCUGCUCAUGUCCAUCGAUCUGAUCAAGAGUCAUGACAUGCUGCAUUCAAUGAUGGAAUCCGAACGUGAGGAAAUCUUCUGCUACAUACAGCGCGUAAAUUCGCGUCUCUCCACCGUCAAUCUGAUGGUGCAUACUGUGCGCGAUCGUUCGCAGGAGGAUGCGCUCAGUCAAAUUAACGAGCUCAUCGAUAUGAUGAUCACCAUGCGCGAUCCAGUUUUGGCGCGCCAACGUUGCCAACAAUACCUGAAUGCUUGCUGCAGUGCAGCUGAAGCGGCUGAAUCAUAUGAAUAUGGCGUCGAUGUAGAUGCAGGUCCAAUCGACAAGAAAUUCGAGGGCGCUCUGCUGGGUUGUACGCUCGAUGAUCAGAAGAACAUAAAAAAGCGGUUGCAGGCUUUAAUGGGCUACUUGAACAAACAAACAGUGCGAAAUUGAAUGAAAUGAGUGGAAAAAGACAAAAAAAAAAUCAAAUAAAAAGAUGAUGCUACAGGCUUUAAACGGAGAAUUUAGUCAAAUAAAACGUGUAAGCCAUAUAAUGGAUCAUAGUAUAAAGAAUGCAAAUGGGUGAUUAAGGAGAAAUAAAACAAAUUGCUGCCUCAAAGCGCGCAACAACUGCAGGAAAUGCGACGUCAAAAUAACAAAAUGUCACCUACACCUCAAUACAAUUCUUGUAUGUUGCAGUUGUAUGGCACACUUCCUAUAUAAGUACUUUUUUGAACUUUUUCCACAAAAAUAUUUAUUACUUGUAUUUUUUCUUUUAAUGUUAUUUAGUUUUGCAUUUUUUGGCUAGAUAAUAUUUAAACAAUUAAAUGCAUAAUACAAAUUGGAGUUGAAGUUUACACCAAAAAUGAAUUGGAAAAAAUAGAUUUUAAUUAAAAAUAAAAUUUACCUAUUUCUAGUUAAAACCUGUGCACAGGAGCAAAAUACACCAUACACUUAUUAAUAUAUAUAUAUAUGUAUAUGUAGACAAAAUUCAAAAAAUACUAAACCCUAAAAGCGAUCUGUUGUGUAAUACCUAAAAACAAACAUACAUUUACUUAAAUAAAAGAGUCGAUUUUUAAAGUAAA